AAAAAGGGAGUUGAGACUUCAGUGCAUAACGGCAUACAUACUAGAGAGUGUGUGGGGAGAGAAAUUCAUCAUAUCCUUACUUUAGGACAUUGUUACACAAUAGCCUACACACAUGCGGGGUCUUUGUUAUUUUUACCUCUCAAUCCUGACCCAAGUGUCUUCCAGCACCUUCAAAGUCAUUGGCCUCGUUGGGCACGAUGUCACUCUGCCCUGUAGGUAUGACUCCCAAACUCACGGCAGUCUGAGUUUCUGUUGGGGACGAGGGAUGGUACCCAGGUCCAAAUGCUCCAGCACCAUCCUGUCCUCAGAGGUCGGUGCUGUGCAGUCCCGCAGGUACCAGCUGCUGGGCAAUGUGACAGAUGGAGAUGUGUCGCUGACCAUCCUGGACGCUCAGUGGAGCGAUGCCGGCAUGUACGGCUGCAGGCUCGAGAUCCCAGGGUGGUUCAAUGACAAAAAGUUCAACACACGCCUGGUCAUGGAGGAAGCUCCUGUGGAAGAACCCGUUACCUUGGACUGGACAUUUACUGUUGGUGGGACACAAGUCCUUACAGAAAUUUUGACAGAAUUCGCUACUUCUGCUAAAAAUGUAGAAGUUGGUGAGCCAACAUUGGACAUGAUGAGAAUUGCAGCAACUGAGGAAAAACUCAAAGCCUUCCUGGAAGUGGAGAACAUUGGCAGGAUGGCAGGGAUUUUCUUGCUGGCCAUAAUCCUUAUCCUCGUCUCUGUUUUCUGGAGAAGUUUCCUGCCACAGAGGACACUUCAACAUCUCAACAUCUCAACUGCUGAGAACAUUUAUGAAGUAUUAUAAAGUUUCCCCCGGUCCAGAGUGAUGGUCAACAUUAUGAGGACAAAGGAGUCUCUAAAGAACUGCCAGCUGAAUGUGUCCGCUUGUCAUGUGCUAAUAACUCUUUCCACCUCCUCAACUUUGGAGGGAAACCCUUUGAACCCAGUUCGUCAGUAAAGCAGCUUAUAAAUUCAAACAUUGCUCCGAAAAAAAAGCAAAUCUGUGUCGUGUGUAGCUGAGAAAAUGCAAAAAUAUCCUGCAGAUUAAUUAAUUUGUUGUUUGUCUGUUCUUCAUGGCACAAUUGAUGUCAUAGCUCUUAAAAGCUUGUGGAUGGUUUAUACGUGUGGACACAAUGCCACCUAUUGGAUUUAAUGUGUUAUUAUAAAGCUAUUAGAGCAGAUUCCACCAUGAAGUGCACACUCAAUGUGAAUCUAUCAAGAGUCUAUUCAUGCUAUAUGUUUUAAAGAAAGUUGGAUCUAAUAUCUGGAUUGUAUAUUGAAAAACAGUAAAAUAAACUGUAACAUAAACACGUUUUGGACGGACA